GCUGUACCACAGAGACGCAUUUAGAUUUCCUCAUUAGGAGGAGAGAGUUGGAGCUGUAAAUACAGGGAGUGAAUUGUUGUUUAAGCUCAUUUCAACAUGAACAGAAGCUCAAACACUUGUGUUGACCUUUUCCAAAGAAGCUAAUUAACGGUCAGGUGCAGAGAUGAGAAGGAAAAACUUGCAGACGACAGCGUUACUUCUGACAGGUGUUGUGUGCCUAGUCAUUAUCAUGAAGAAAAACGACUUUGAAAGUGACGUCACACUAAAGAGCAAAGACACAUAUGAGAUGCUCCCUCAACAAAACGAUUUGUCCGGCUUCGAAACACUUCAGCCUUUGUCUUCACAUUGUCAUCGGAAUAUGUCUGCUUAUAAUGUGACUGGAUUUUCUACUCUGCCGAAUCAUAUCCAAGACUUUCUGCUUUACAAACACUGUAGGAGUUUUCCCAUGCUUCUUGAUGUGCCUAAUAAGUGUGGCGGACCCCAAAACUCUGCAGAUGUCUUCCUUCUUCUGGUCAUCAAGAGUUCUCCAGAGAAUUACGAUCGACGAGAAGUUUUGCGGAAAACAUGGGCUAAGGAAAGACUGCACAAAGGCGUGUGGAUCCGCAGAGUCUUCAUAACAGGAACGAGUAAAACUGGCUUUGAGAAGCACAGGUUGAAUAAGCUAUUGAAGCUGGAGAACAGUGAGAACCAGGAUAUUUUACAGUGGGACUUCAAUGAUUCCUUCUUCAACCUCACACUGAAGCAGAUUGUUUUCUUAGAGUGGAUGGAAAGAUGGUGCCCGCACGUCAGAUUUCUUUUAAAUGGAGACGAUGACAUCUUUGCCAAUACGUUUAACAUGGUUGAGUAUCUUCAGGGUCAGAAGGACAAUGAUGGAAGUAAACAUCUAUUUGCUGGGCACCUCAUUCAGAAUGUAGGUCCUAUCAGACAUAGUUCAAGCAAAUAUUUUGUCCCAGUGCAAAUACAGGAGUCUGAAAGGUAUCCUCCAUACUGUGGUGGAGGAGGCUUUCUUCUCUCUGGUUUCACGGCCAAAACGAUCUACAACAUGUCUCACUCUAUAGAUCUGCUGCCCAUUGAUGAUGUUUACAUGGGAAUGUGUUUGGAAAAGGCUGGCCUCAAACCUACAUCCCACUUUGGAGUGAGGACCGCUGGUCUGCAUGUCCCCACUGGAAACGUUGACAAAUUUCACCCUUGCUUUUACAGAGAAAUCAUUUUAGUCCAUAGAUUUCUGCCGCACAUGAUUUUUGUGAUGUGGAAUGAGAUACAAAACCCACAUCUGCAAUGUGGAAAUACAAAUUCCAUGUUCAAAAACUGAACAGGGUGUGUGAUUACUUUUAAAGGGAAAUCAAUAUGAUUCAGUUUGUUUUAAAAUAAUGAGCUCUACAAGAAUCCCUUUCUAAACAUGGUGGAAGUUCUAAAGUAUGGUGUAGUUUUGCAAAAUGAUUGCCUUUUGAAAAGUAUGUGGUCUAUUGCACUUUAACUGAAAAGGGUGAUCGUGAUCUCUAUGCUUAUUUUUAAACAACUCGAGAGUGCUUCUCUGUAUAUAGAUAUAGAAACAUCUAUAUUUUGCUCUUUAAAAUCCAAUUUUAUCAGGGGAAUUAAGUGCAUUUUCAGAAAAAAAUAUUUAAAAAAGUUGUCACUGGGACAGUACCUUUCUAAAAGGUAUACUUUCAUACCUGAAGGUGGAUAUAAGUAUCUUUUAAAAGGGUACCACUAAUUGACAACAUUUGUAGGUAUUUUUUUUUGUCUGAGAAAGUGUAAUAUAUAAGAAAGUAGCAGGAGUCCAUAUUUUUUUUACACUUAUGUUUGCAUUAUGAAGUUCAGUGCUGUAUUCUAACAAAGUACAAAUAAUUGUAGGCCACUAAUGAGUUUUAGGAUAUGUCUGCUUUCAUUGAAUAUCUUUGUUUAUAUAAUGUCUUACUUUCCUUGUUUUGUGGAGAAAAUGAAUACUGUUACUCUGAUAGCCAGUAUUUCUCCAGAUUGUUACUGUUACGGUCUCUGGUAGAGCAACCUCACGGAGAGCAGGGAAUCUUUAAUAUAAAUCCACUUGAAAACAGAAGGGAAAAACUCAGGAAUCAUCCAAGCAAACAUGUAACAUAGACAAUAACUGGCAAAUGAGAUGGGUAGAACUCAGGACUUAAGAACACUGGGAAUAAUCGAAUAAUAAAUGACACAACAGGUGGGAACAAUGAACUCAUCAAGACACAGCCAAAAACUAGGUCACAACAGAAACUGAAAAACAUACAGACAUGUAACAGUUACAUACAAGACUGCAAAUCACCAAAAUAACAACAGGAAAUCCAGUAUGCUGGAUGUAGGAUAGCCAUAUCUGAAUCAUUUGACUUGAGGUUCAGACAAGCACACUGGACAAUGUGUAAUGGAUUUUUACAGAGAUAUGUUCAUGUAAACUUUUAGGAUAUAAAUGAUUUGAUAACCUAUGUUUUUAACUUAUGAAAUGCUGAUGAAGUUAUUUGCGAUAAAAUUUGACAGAGCUUUAAAAGUCAAAUACUAAUAAAAUAUCGUACAAUUACAUUGA